AAACUCAGGAUUCAAGAAGAAAAAAAAACAGUUUGCCAAUAAUUACGAGAAGGAGAGGUGUUUUGGGUGUUACUUAUUUGUAGUUACGUUUAUUGCGUCCGACGUUAUUGUUGAAUUAACACCAAUAAAAUUAUUGUAAUGCUUUAAAAAGUGAUUUAUAUUAUGUGAAGUUUUUGUUUAUAAUAAUUAUUAUUAUUGUAAAAUAUUCAGCAUGACUUUGAUUAUGACGAGUAAAUGUGAAUGUCAGGCAGAAACUGUACAAUUUAUGUCCAUAGAAAAAGUAACAGAUGAGUGUCACACAAAAUACUGUCCGGGCACCACACUGCUGCGCAGAGGCAAGAAGUUGGAAGACAACAAUAACUUGACCAAAGAGGAUGAAGAAUAUAUGAACUAUAGAAAGCUGUUGAAAUAUGAAGAGGCACCGAUUUAUUUACAGCACAAUCCUUACAUCAGAGAUGGAUAUAGAAAAUUAUUGCCAACAAAAUUGUGUUGGGAAAGCAUAUUCUGGUGGACCAAUGAGACGAUGAACAUUUGGACGCACAUCUUCGGUUUCUUUCUCUUAUUGUUCCUGACUAUCAACGACCUGGUGAUCAUUAACAUACACGCGACGGUUACUGAUAAGGUGGUGGCCGGAAUACUGUUCUCGUGUUUUAUGAUAUGUAUGCUGCUAUCAGCCCUGUACCACACGUUCUCGUGCCGCUCCGAGUGCGACUACAACACGUUCCUGAUGUACGAUCUGUUCGGCAUAGCGCUCUCAUUGCUCGCCAUAUACACCUCGGGCGUGUAUUACGCAUUCUGGUGUCAUUAUGAGCUGCGCAUGUUCUACAUGACGUCGGUGACGGUGAUAUUCGUAGUAGCGAUGGCGCUUCAGAUCCCACGGCUGGGCGUGCCGUACGCGGUGAAGAUGUGCGUGUUCAUCGGCUGGGCGGCGUACGGCGUGCUGCCCACGCUGCACUGGACCUACGCGAUGGGCGGCUUCGACAACCCCAUGGUGCAGAUGUUCUUCCCUAGAGUGAUAGGGAUGUACAUCAUUAGUGGGACGGCUUUCAUUAUUUAUGCAUUUAAGAUCCCGGAGCGCUGGUUCCCGGGACAGAUGGACUACCUCGGCCACUCGCAUCAGUGGUGGCACGUGUUGGUGCUGGGCGCGUUGUACUACUGGCACAACUCCGGCAUGAUGUACGUGCAAUACCGGAUGAACCACGGCUGUGCCAACACCAUGCGGAUAUUCUAAUGCGCGGUGAUGGUAAUGAUCAUGAUGAUGGUAAUGAUAAUUAUGGUGAUGACAAUAGUCGUCAAGAAAUUAUUGUUCAUGACGUGUAGCUGUUUUCGAAUCCCAAAACUGUUUUUUAAGGCGCAGGAAACGGAGUGCAACAUACUAUGGUUAAUAUAAGUGAUAGUAUUUUGUAUAUUUUUUUACGAGAGACAAAAUACAAAUAUUGUAUGUAUUUACAUGGUCUGUUAGUUAUGUUUUGUUUUUACCUUGCAUUUAUUUCUUGUUAUUUAUUUAUAUACAUUAUUUUUAACAUUUCUUUGCGUGUGUACUCAUAGACUUGUUAUGGUUAAACUUUAAUCGAUGUUAUUAUUCAAAGAUCUGGUAAAUAAAUCUCAAAAACCAUGACAUGAGUGUUUUCACAAUUUUUUAUGUGGUAAAUUUUUUUCUUUGGCAGCUAUUGUGAUGUAUCUUACUUUAAGUUAAUUUCUAAUGAGAAAAAUAUGUACAAUUUUAUUUUAGAUCUGAACAGUACUAAAUAUAUUUGAUGGAAUUUUAUAAUUGUUUAAAAAAAGUUCAAGAACCCAAUAUUAAUACCAUUUCUCGAUAUUGUUAGCAACUAUGGCAUGAUUUUGGUUUAUCAAUACAAGAAUUACUUAAAUUAGUCAAAGAACCAAGUAAAUAGUAAAAAAAUAUAUAUAUUCCUUUAUAUAUACGUAAUUGAAUAAAUAUGAAGUUCAAAAUUUUGUUGAUAUUAAUUAAGGUACUUAUUUGAACGUUUGAUUUUCUUCACUUCGGUUACAGUCCGAACCACACAACACAUAAAUUAAAAUGUUUAGUUAUAUCGUUUUGUAACGAUAAGAUGAAUUAAAAGCGAUGUGUCGUCAUCAAUGACUGUAAAGAAUUCAGUAUAGUUAGACAAAUAAUAAUAUGACAAAUAAUGACUUCUAUACAGAAGUUUUAAUAGGUUUAAGGAUUAUAUUGUAAGUCUUAAAGACCAAUUUUAUAUUGUAAGUAGAGGGUUGCUCAAAUAAUACUUUAAUCAAUCAUCGUAUCAUUUUUUUUUUGUUGAAAAAUGAGAACUUAGUUCAGAUCUGUGAUUUAUUCAGAUAUUUUUGUAUUUUUAUUUUCAAAAAAGUAUUUAUUUCUGUUACAAAUGGUUUAUAUGGAAAAGUUAAUGGUUUUGGAGUUGGGUUAUUGUGAUGAUAAUAAAAGUAUUUUUUUACGUA